UCCUGUGCGUCAUUUCCGCUGAUCGUUUGCAUGAUGUUGAACUAGAAAACUUGUUCUGUUCAAAAACAGGAGGAAGAUUUAAGACCUACCUCCUAGUAUCCCAAAGGCAUCUACCUGAGCUGACCCUUCCUAUAAUCCACUCCUGUUCUUCCUAAGUACACGUUCUUUGUUUAGAAAUACCUCCACCUCUCCUGCUUUUUCUGUCUCUCCAUCGUUCCCUCCCUUCCAUCAUGACUGAGCCAGAUCUGCUCACAGAGGUCCCUGCCUCUCUUAAACGUCUGGCCAAGCAAGUAGUCCGGGGUUUCUACGGCAUUGAGCACGCUCUUGCGCUGGACGUGUUGAUCAGGAACCCUUGCGUACGUGAAGAGGACAUGCUGGAGCUCCUCAAGUUCGACCGCAAGCAGCUGCGCUCAGUUUUGAACACACUCAAGGCUGACAAGUUUGUCAAAUGCCGUAUGCGCGUGGAGACAGCGCCUGACGGCAAGGCGACUCGGCACAAUUACUACUUCAUUAACUACCGGCUGCUGGUUAAUGUGGUCAAGUACAAGCUGGACCACAUGCGCAGACGCAUUGAGACGGAUGAACGCGACUCGACUAACAGAGCCUCCUUCCGCUGCCCCUGCUGCACGAACACUUUCACUGACCUUGAGGCCAACCAGCUGUUUGACCCCAUGACUGGAACAUUCCGCUGUACCUUCUGUCAAACAGAAGUAGAAGAAGACGAAUCGGCUGUGCCAAAGAAAGAUGCCCGCACUCUGGUGGCACGAUUUAAUGAGCAGAUUGAGCCCAUCUAUGUAUUGCUACGAGAGACGGAGAACAUCAACUUAUCUCAUGACCUUCUGGAGCCCGAACCGGCAGAAAUCCCAGCCCUGAAACAGAGUCGGGAGCGGGCCGCCCAGUCUGCAGCAGCAGCUGCAGGGGCUGAUCGAGACACAUGGAAAACCAAAGGCUCGUCGUAUGACCUCUACACGCAGAAUGUGGUCAUCAGCAUGGAAGACCAGGAGUCUCAGCCUAGUCAGACCGCUGAAGGCAAAGCCCCCAAAGAGAGGCCCGUAUGGCUGACAGAAAGCACGGUGCAGGGGGCGUACAGCGAAACGGAUGCUCUGAAGAACUCUGGCGAGGACCCUAUAGAAACCCAGGAGGGCAUGGCUGCAAGAGGAGCCAACCAGGAUGAGAAUGAGGAGGUAAUGCAGGCUUUACUCAUUCAUGAGAAGAGGAGCGCAGUCGGUCCAGGAGGUGCCGUCGUCUCCAGACCGACCGUUCCAGUGGCCAACGCCAGCGACUCUGACAGCGAUACCAGCGAAUCGGAUGAGGACUCUUUGCCCCAGGCUCCAACCCACAUGGUGCACAAUGCUACAGCUCUGCGGCCAGGAAAACAAGUGGAUGAGGACGAAGAUGAUGACGAGUUUGAGGAGGUCGGGGAUGACCCUGUGGUUAUGGUAGGGGGAAGACCCUUCUCUUACAGGGAAGUAAGCCAGAGACCCGACCUGGUGGAACAGAUGAGCGCCCAGGAGAAAGAGGCGUACAUUGAGAUGGGCCAGAAUCUCUUCCAGGACAUGUACUACUGAGUUCAUCAUGUCUGUCUGCAUCUCGCUUGUGCCCUUUUUUCCACAGGAUCCAGUUUCGAUCUGUCUCCUUUGCACACUUACUCUCAAACGGUGUUGUGCGGCGUGCCAGAGCUGAGAAAUGUAGUGUUAUACCCUUUGACUGUUCUUUUUUACUCAACCCUCCGUCAUAUUCAUAUAUAAAACUUCUCUGGUGCCAGUUAUUGAGUGUGUAUCACUGUUGUAAACAAGAGUAUCAUACAUUGGCAAACACACUUGCACCGCUUCCUUUUUCAGUAUGUUUGUGGUCUCGCCAUUUUCAGAGACUUCCAAACAAAUAAGUGUUGCUGCAGUGACCUCUAGGACGGUUUUACUCAAAAGAAAACCCCAAACCGAAGGGUUCUGAGGCUUUUCUGGCAUGAUUGACUUUUGAAUGACAGAAAGUGACAGACUCUGUUUUGCUCAAAGCUACAGAGACAAUUCCGCAUCCUCUUGCUUUCUUGUCUU